UAGAGUUAGUUUGCAGUUUUGCUGCAUACGCAACGAUGGCUCAGUUGCCGCCGGGCUUCCCCGGCUUUUCCUUCCCUCCACCGACGUGGCCAUACCGUCCUUCCAUGCCGCCGCCACCAUACGGAUACAAGCACGAGCCACCGUCCGGCGGUUCGUCUCAAGGCAGGACCGUCGCCGGCACCUUCGGCGGCCUCGUCGCCUGCUUGCUCCUUGGCAUCGCCGUGUGCAGCAUCUGCAAGAGGCGUCGCGCGGCCGCGCCGGCGCAGAACGUGGCCGCAGCCGAUCGGGCGCAGAACCUGACGGAAAGCAGCAGCGUGCGCGUCGACGUGGGGCAGCUUCACCGGGCCUGCGCCGCCAGCCCGACGGCCGGCCUCCCGGCGUUCACGUACAGCCUGUCGGUGAAGCACAACGUGACGGGCGGAGGGGAUGAGGCGGCGACGUGCUCGGUGUGCCUCGGCGCGAUGCAGGUCGGCGAGAUGGUGCGGCUGCUGCCGGCGUGCCUGCACCUGUACCACACGGAGUGCAUUGACCCGUGGCUGGCCGCGCACUCGACGUGCCCGGUAUGCCGCUCGGACACCGACCCGGCCGCUGUCUCGCUAGAUGCACAUUUUGACGGGUGUUAAUUUGUUGGAUUGAUUUUGCUUUCUGUAUAUAUUGAAAAAUACGUCUACUCAGUUGUCUGGGCAACAUAAGAUUGGAAUGUCCAAAUGAUGCAUCUGUCCUAUAUUUGCUAAUAGUAGUAGUAUUUGUGGACGUCCUGAUGGUCAUUUGAUCUCCAAUGUCUCGAAGAUCUCACUCUCCCGGUUUUGUCUGGGGAUCAGAUAUUUGUGGGGGUGAUAGCCUUUUUUUCUUCUUCUGAAAACCUUCUUAUUACACGGUUCUCCAGUAGAACUG